CUAAACAUUUCUCCUUCGUCCACGAUUCCCCCGCUCCGGCGACCGCCGCGGCGGUCCAUGGCGGCGCGGUGGCUGCGCUCGUCGGAGCAGCGUGCAGCGGACUAAAGUCCCGCGCGCUCCUCCGUUGAGCGUGGCUGCCGGCAUCGAGCAUAUGGCGUUCGGCAACGAGAUUGAGGAGGCGAGCGCUGGUAUCGUGCGAGGCGCGGAGACCUUGCAGCGUGCGCGUCCUUAAUUGCGGCACCGACGCCGACGACAACGCGACCAUACGCGUGCCCCACUCAGCUUGUCCAGCCGAUUGCCAAUUCGGGUUGCCGUUGCAACAGCAUCAGCACCAGAGCAUACGCCACCGGAAAUGGCGGAGAGUGUGUACCAAGAGGAAGGAGAAAGAGCUGAUAGGAACAGUAUCAACAUCAGAGGAAGGAGAAGGAGGAGGGGAGGGAGUAGGAGCGGUGAGCCAAGGUCAAAUGGACCGUGAUGUAGAGCGGGGUAACGAGGAGGGGAGUGAGAGUUUUUAUGACUGCGUCCUGGAGAUAGAGCAGGAGUUCGACGACCCCCAGCACUUCCCACAGGAGACAGCCGUGGUUCAGGAUCCUCAACAUCCUACAGUCGGCGGCGAGACACAUGCACUGCCUGGUCUCAUGGGAAAUGAUCUCAAGUCCACCAGUCAGAUUUUCAGCGUGGUCGCCGCAACGGUGGGCGUCGGGCUGCUACUGGCCUUCCUUGGGCUUGCAGUGACACCGACGGCGUCCCUCAUGCACAGCGCUUCGAUGUCAAGUUGCAGCGCCACCACUGAUGACGUGGCACGGCUGUACGCACGGGUGGGCGUGGGGCUGGCAAUCGCUGUUACACAGUUCCUCGCGUCGCUCGUUGGUGCCAGUGGAAAGGAAGAGACGGCGGAGCCACGCGUGCCUGUCAUGCGCCGAGUCUGCGUUUUCGUUGCCGCUCUGUCGCAGCUAGGUUUGACCGUCAGCGUCUCUUGGAGUCUGAUCCUCGCAGUUUCACCGCGCUUGGGUCAGAUGCGCUGUUGGCCACAGGUGACGAGGGACUUGUUGCUGACCGGGCUGGACGGGCAUUUCCUCCGCCUUGAGCGCGUACCUUGUUUACAUCGGCUUGGCCUGUGUGUUUGGGACCGGCUGAUGAUGGUAGGUUACAUGGUAACUCUUCUCUUGAAAUACUACCCAUCUAAUUCGAACAUCAUGCAUUGUACUCCCUCCGUCCAAAAAAGCUUGUCCCAAGCUGACACUCAAAUGGAUGUAUCUAGCACUAACUUGGUGAUAGAUACAUCCAUUUGAGGGACAAGUUUUUUCGGACGGAGGGAGUAAUGCCUAAUGAUUAUGUUCUGUCCUAUGUGCAGGGGAGUUCCAAAGCUCGUGCAAAGGCCUAGUGGUACUGUGUUUCUUAUGGAUUUGGUAGACCAGGGUGUGUGCUGGUCGAUCAUGUCGGCACUGUUGUGAUUCCACUUUGUUUAUGUGCAUUUGGUUUAUAAUAGUUGGACUUGUGCGUGGAUAGAUUCGAUUUGGUGUGGUUUCUGCUGGCACAUGGGAUUUAAUGUGAUUUGCCUCCUUAUAU